CGGCACCAUAUCUAAAAUACAGUCAGGUUUACCCCUAUUGGUAGAAUACGGUAGAAGCAUAAAUGUAGACGUGAUAAUAUAAAAGCCGGCACUUUUUUCACUGUAUAACCGCGCCCUUCAAAUCAUCAACAACUUGUCUCUGCUCUUCGUGCUCAACGUUUGCUGCUGCCGCCAUGCAAGUCUUUGUCAAAACGCUCACAGGGAAGACGAUCACCUUGGAUGUGGAGCAGUCGGACACCAUCGAAAAUGUCAAAGCCAAGAUCCAGGAGAAGGAGGGGAUCCCCCCAGAGCAGCAACGUCUCAUCUUCGCAGGGAAGCAAUUGGAGGAUGGUCGUACGUUGGCCGACUACAAUAUUCAGAAGGAAUCCACUCUCCAUCUGGUGCUGCGUCUUCGUGGAGGCAUUCGCGUCAACAUCAUAUCGACUGGCCACUUCACCUGCAUGAAUGAUGGGCGAAUCCAGGACAUGGAGCUCAAAGGGGAAAAGUUCAGCGUGGAGAUCGGCGAGAGCGACACCGUGGCAGUUCUGAAGGAUAAGAUCAAGAAGGUGAAGAAGAUGCCUCCCGCGCAGCAAAUCCUGACCCUUCAGAAGCAGGUGCUGGCUGAUGACAAGAAGGUUGGGAACCUCGGAAUCAAGGCAAUUUUUUGCCUUUCUCCAACGUCUAAAAUAAUUUUUUCUUUUUUUGUAGAAUGGCUCGGAGUUGCAACUCACCUCUACACUGGACAACGACGAAGAUGUGUUGGCUACAGGAGAUGAAGACUAGGUGCCGCGUUCGCACAGGACUGAAGGAGCGAACCUGAGAGGAAAUAGGUCAUAGAUGUAUGUCGAUAAUUGUAACCCUGUACAUUUCGAUAAUUGUAACCCUUUUGAUAUUGUGAUAUUUUUGCCCUCAUUGUUGUCUUUGUUCACAAAUGUAUGGAUAUAUUGUAAACUUGUAUGUACAUAUAUUUUGUUGUGAUGAUGAAUAAAAUGGUUAUAAACUUUGUUAUGCUUUUCUCGAUUAGGGUUUGAGUUUCUAGUGAUAUUUUCUCUGAUGAUCAAUAUCUUUUGAGUUUUCCUUUUGAACUUCCAUUCUCCUUUUGUCCAUUUUGCCCUUAUUGACCUUCUGACAUUUUCCUCCACCGUUUGUUGA